AGAAGAAGUUCUAUUAUGGAUCAAGACUAGAAAUUGCUGAAAAUCUUGAAGAUAUUAAGAUAGUGUUUAACAUACUUCUGAUCACUGAUAAGAGACUAUUUAUGAAUGAAUGCCUCAAUGCAAGGGAUCUGAGUCUGAGAUACAGAAAUCUGGGGAGGCAUGCAAUUGAUCACCAUAUAAUAUACUACGCUUCACUUUGAGUUCAUCCACACCUCUGAGCACCUGAUGAGCGAAUUGUACAAAAACGAUGAGGCACUUUUGGGAUUUGAGCGAUGGAAUACAUAUUGUGACAUGGUUGAUGUCUAGCAAUAAGCUACUGGACGGUAUGGUUAAUUGUAUGGCUUCAUUGAUUUCGACUGGAAUUGGAGAAAUAUAAGAUGGGGAAAUAGACAUCUUUCAACUUGAAAUCGGAAGAGAAAGAAAUCAAAAUCCAUUUGAUGCUACCCAAAAACUCCCAAAAGGUUAUUACUUCUGGAAAGCCAUCUUCAACAUCGAAGAGCACAACUGGAAACAUGAAGGUAUGGUUAAUUGUAUGGCUCCAUUGAUUUCGACUGGAACUGGAGAGGAAUAAGAAGAGAAGGAAAUCAAAAUCCAUUUGAUGCCACCAGAAAACUCCUAAAAGGGUAUGGUUAAUUGUAUGCCUUCAUUGAUUUCGACUGGAACUGGAGACGAAUAAGAUGGAGAGACAUAUUUCCACUUGAAAUCGGAAGAGAAAGAAAUCAAAAUCCAUUUGAUGCUACCCGAAAACUUCCAAAAGGGUAUGGUUAAUUGUAUGGCUUCAUUGAUUUCGACUGGAACUGGAGAUGAAUAAGAUGGAGAAAUAGACAUCUUUCUACUUGAAAUCGAAAGAGAAAGAAAUCAAAAUCCAUUUGAAAAAGCUCCCAAAAGGAAAAGGACUUAACGACAAAAUGGAGAAAUGGAGAAGUGGUUCCCGAAGAGCUCUCGAAAGAAACAAAAAGGCGACGAGAUCUGGUGCAUCCGCUUCAAAAACUAAAAAGUACAUUUACCACGAUCAAAUAGAUCUUUUGAGGAAAAUUUUUGAUACGAGGGCGACUGAAGAUUCGAUGGCAAGUGAAAAUAGUGAUCAGGAAAGCUACGUUGAAAGUGUAGAAGGUGAGCAUGAGGAUCAACAGCAGUUCUCCAGAGAUGAAGGAUCUUCAAAUCUGGAAAGUGUUCGUCAUUCAACAAAAAAAAAAAAACAAUCCUCUACAAGCCAACCUGAACAAUUUGAGCUCAAAUUAAUGGAGAUGGUUCAAAAUCCGAACCGUCACAUAGCUUUCAUUCAAGGACUUUUGCCCACACUUGAAAAUUUCGAUGACGAUGAAGUCUUGGAAUUUCAAACUGGCGUUCUUCAGUUGGCCCAAAGAAUAAAAUCCAAAAGAAAAAAUAAAGCUAGUUCAACUCCAGAUCCGUCUUUCCAUCCAAAUCAGACCAUUCAGUAUUAUGGAUGUGGAGAGCCCAGUACUUCUCGAGAACGUUACUACUCGAAUUCGAUGGCAAGAACUCCGAACGCUACUUCCGUAAACAUGCAAGAUGAUUACAGCCCUAGAUCCCCCUCUCCCAAUUGAACCGAUACAACACUCCCGCCUCCAUUUGAAAGUCCAUUUCCACAUGAUAUGAUACCAUAAUGAAUGAUUUCAUGUGUGGUUGCAAGUAGACGUGAUCUGUAGCCAUUCCGAUAAUUAAGAAAUCAUCGAAGUAAAUUUCGUACAUACAUAUCCAAAAUUAUAAAGUAUGCGUUUUACGAGGGAACAAAUGGGUGAAAUCAAGUUGGGGGUCAAAGCAGUCCUUAAUGAUAUCCUGGGAAAGAUUUUCUACAAAAAGUUAUAGAAAAAGUAAGCAUCGCUUUCGAGCUAAAACUAGAAGCAAAACUGAAAGAAAAGGAAGAAGUUCAUCAGAAAGAGAUGAAAAAGUUGGAGGAAAAAGUUGGCACUCUGAAACAGCACUCCAGAAGACAAAAUUUGAGGAUAUAUGGGGUCAAAGAAGUUCACGGAAGAAGCCCAUUGAAAGACUUCAAUAGUACUAUGUUGAAGUUAUCUAUUCAGCAUAAGUCUCCAACUGAAUGUUAUCGAAUAGGACAUUUCAAACCUGAAGGAAAACCACGACCUAUCUUCGUGAAAUUGUCUAAUUAUGAAGAAAAGGUUGAAAUAAUGAAAAACCGAAGAAAACUCAAAGGCCUUAUAAUCCACAUCAAGAAAGACCUGACAAAAACCAGAAUUGAAAUAAUGAACAAAGCAUCAGAAAAAUAUGGUUUCAAAAAUGAAUGGAGCCUGAAUGGGAGAAUAUUUGGCAUCAUAAACGGGAUAAAAACUGAAAUCAAAACAAUGGACACCUUAUCUGAUUGAAAAUGGAAGAAUGCUAUUGAUCACCAUAUAAUAUACUAUGCACCGUCUCCAUUUUGAGUUCAUCCACACCUCUGAGCACCUGAUAAACCAGUUGUACAAGAACGAUAAGGCAAUAUUGGGAUUUGAGCGAUGGAAUACAUAUUUUGACAUGGUUGAUGGAAAUCAAUAGGCUACUGGAUGGAUCACCAAAAAAAUACGCAGAAAAAAUGGAGAAGUCAUUCAUUUCCUUGGAAGUUGAAACUCGGAAUCUCAGCUUCAAUCCAGACAAAAGUCCAUCUUCUUGGGUUCCUAAGCAAAGCGUGAAUUCUGUAAUUUUGAUUUUGUUCAAUUUGAUAAUUAUUGUCAACUAAGGGAUUACGUAUUGGUACUUUUAUGGAGAACGUUAUGCCCAGUUGUUUGGAAACCUGAAAAUUUCAACAAAUUCUGUAAUUAUGAUUAUGUUUUUUGUAUUGGUAUUAUGGUCAUUCAGUGUUAAAAACGUAAGCGUGAAUAAGGGAAUUGACCUAAAUAUCUUGAAUGUUCUUUAUUCUUCUGCCAAGCUUUCGGAAUAUUUUAUUCCAUCAUUAGGGCUAAGAAUUUGAAAACUCGAAAAGAAUUAUAACAAUCG